AUGAAAGGAAAAAGGCAGCCACACCUCCUCUGCCCUCCAGUUUGUUCUAUUGACAAUGCGCGCCCAGGUCCCAGCCGCUCGGCUUCUGUGGCCAUUGCGCUCUCCGACUACAUCAACGCAUAUACGAGUACCAACAGCAAUACCCACAUCGCCAGCUAUAUACAGACACCCGUUACGACGCCAAACCCUCCUUCCAUUGGCCCAAUUGUCCGGAAUAACAGCAGCCACAGCGUCAACAGUCGCCGCCGCCGCCACCACCAAACUCGUGAUACUGAUGCCAUUGAUGAAGCAGCAGAGCCCGACGGGGACGAGGCCAGCGAAUCUGCGCUCAGUGCGCUGAAUGUGCUUGCGGACGUGGCCGCCCCGUCCACGGCUAUUGAUUCUUGUUUUCCUGAUGGGUUCCAGCUGGGUAAUGGCAUGACGGUUACGGAUGGUGAUGGGUGUUUGUUGGUUGAUGGGGAAGUUUUUCGAUGGAGGCCCUGGGAGGCGGGGAAAAAUGAUGGUGAUAGUGGGGGAGGGAGCAAGGAUGGGAUGCGAGCGAUGAUUAACGAGAAAGGUCAGUGGGAGGUUAGUGAGGAGGUUUGGGGGGUGUUGAAGCUGGUAUGGCCGAAACCCGAUCUUCUCAUCCUCGGUCUCGGCGCCUCUGUUUAUCCAAUCUCUCCGGAGACACGGAGACAGAUCAAUCUUCUUGGUAUCCGAAUUGAGGUGCAGGAUACCAGGAAUGCGGCAGCCCAGUUUAAUCUCCUAGCUACGGAGAGGGGAGUGCAGGAGGUUGCUGAAGCCCUGAUACCUCUUGGUUGA